CAUGAGCCGACCUCUGCUGAGCCUGACUGCUGCCCACUGAUUGGCUACGACACUAAGUAGGAGUAAAUUGACCCACAGCUCCUCUGCAAGCAACAGGUUGCUGCAGUUCUACCUGCCGGUACUUCCAAGAUGAUGGGGCUCGGGUGGCAUAAAGUCACAACUUUUGCUAACACUAGAUAGCACUAGCUAACUGCACACUUUUAGCUUGAUGUAAGCCAUUUAAAGAGAUUGUAGGCUGUCCGUGCGAAGGAAAGUUCGGAGAGUGGUUAAGGACACUUGAGCGCAUUUCAUAUUCUGCUAUGGGUUAUUUUACUGGACCAAAACUUCUGGAUUUUAAGAGCUCACCACCACAUCUUCAGUUCAACAAGUAUGUCCAUACAGGAUACCGGCCUAUAUCCACUUGCAGAGAGUGUCUACGAAGUUUAUUCUAUCUCCACAAUGAAUUUGGGAACAUCUAUACACAUGGUGUCCCCUUCAUCUGUUUUUUGCUGUUUCUGCCUGUGAGUAUCCCAUGGGCUGAAGUGGACGAGUGGUGGAUUGGUAUUGUGCAUUAUCUGGCUUGUCUGUCACCCACCAUCUGUUCUGUCUUCUACCAUCUUUUCAUGAACCAUGAAGGUGGAGCACCUAUUUAUGACACGCUUCUGUGCUUCGACAUGUUUGGUGUCUGCCUUGUCAACACUCUUGGUGCUCUGCCAAUCAUUCACAUCACAUUGUUGUGUCACCCAAUCACCCGUCAAGUGGCGAUGUUAGCGUAUCUCCUCCUCUCUGGCUAUGGUGUUCACUGCGCUCUCACUGCAGAGAGUAACAUUCACCGCCUGCAGUCCUUCAUCUGGCAGGCAGGCUUCCGCUUUGUUCUCUUUAUGUUUCGUCUGAUUGGUCCAGGCAGAGGAAGCCCCUCCUCCCUUCAGCUCUACCUCACCAUGGAUGCUCUGGCAAUGUUUGGAGGACUUGUCAAUGUUUCCCGCUUUCCUGAGCGAUUCAGUCCUGGACGGUUUGACUACUGGCUAAAUAGUCAUCAGAUUAUGCACAUCAUGGUCGUUCUGUCUAUACUUUACUUACACUGGGGCAUGCUGGAGGAUUUACGAUGGUUAAAGGGAUAUCACUGUCCUGAUGAAUAUGGCAUUUAUGAUAUUUAAAACAAUUAACAGUUGCCUGUAGCUUUUGAUUCAUAAAUGCUUUCCAUUUAUAUGCUUUCAAGAUGCAUUAUAAGACACUGUCUGUGGUUGAAUUUGACAAUGGUUGAUUCGGAAAGUAUUCACUGUGCUUCAUGUUUCCACAUUGUUUAUGUUACAGCCUUAUUAAAAAAUUUCCCAAAAAAUUCUACAC